AUGAACUCGAAUAUCAAGCGUGUCGUCGCUUUCUGGUUCAACCGGCCUCCGAUGGAUUGGAUCGUCGCUCCCACGGGGCUCGAUGCCGAACUGAGAUCCGAGUUUGGGGAACUCGUUUUGAGCGCCCGACGCAACGACCUGGACGAUUGGGCUUCCCAGCCAGAAGGCAGCCUUGCCCUAGUCGUCCUGCUUGACCAAUUCUCCCGCAACAUCUUCCGCGGCUCCCCCGCCGCAUUCAGCGCCGACGCCAAGGCGAGCGACACCGCCACGCGGGCCAUCGCGCGCGGCUUCGACAAGCAGGUCUCCGUCAUCCAUGCCACGGCAUUCUACAUGCCGCUUAUGCAGCAGGAGAGCCUUAUAUCAGUGAUCGCGGCGCGCGGCCUGUUCGAGGGGCUGAGGGGGAGGUGUGAGAGCAAGGAGGAGCGCGAAUGGGUCGAAAUGGGUGUUUCGGCUAUGGGCAGGCACUUGGAGCAGUUGGAGCGGUUUGGGAGGUUUCCUACUCGGAAUGCUGUGUUGGGGAGGGUGAACACUGCAGAUGAGGACGAGUUUUUGGCACAGCAUAAGCCUAGCCUGUCGUAG